AUGAGCAACAAAGAGGCAGUACUCGAAGAAAUGCAGAAAAAUGGUACCAACUGUAAAUUGCAAGCAGAAUACGUCACAGAAAUAUCGAAACUUAUACAGACAACAUCUAUUGAUUCUUUGAAAAUGACCAAAAAUCCAAAUAACGAGCAAAAAUUUCUACUUGCAAACAGCAUUAUUUUACAGUAUCUUAACAAAUUUAAAUGCAAUUAUACUAUUGAUUCAAUGAACGCUGAAACUAAAAAUUGGGUUAAAAAUUCAAAAUCUUCUCCAGAAAAGGAUAUUGAAUUACCAAAUAAUGAGCUUUGGAUAAAAUCUAUAUUAAAAUUAAAUACAGAGCAACAAAAGCAAAAGAGCAAAGCAGAUUUACGCGCGAAAGUAUCAGAUCGUAUCGAAAAGGCUACAAACGAGCCAAAUAAGCAGGAAAAGGCUAAGCCACAGCAGCCCCCUGCAGCAAAAGAACAGCCAAAAGCAAAGCAAGAUAAACCAGCAGAAGAACCAAAGAAGUCAGUUACACUUGCACAACCAGUAACGCCACAGAAUGUGGAAUCAGAGUCUGAUUCAAAUUCAUACAUUUCUCUCGGAGAUAUUGAAGAUGUAUCAAAACCUUCCAAAAAAUCUCAAGAACAGCCAGCUGCUAAGCCAACACCUCAACCAGCAGAAAAGCCAGCUGCUAAGCCAGCUGCAAAACCUGUUAAUGACAUUCCAGAAGAUUCAUUUGGAAACUUCAGCGAUCUCCUUGAAGAUAGUAAGCCAGAAAUUGAAACAAAGCCUGCUGCAAAGCCAGCGCCAGCUCCUGCAGCAAAACCAGCUCCAAAACAAGAAAAGAAGCAAGAUCAAAUUUCAUCAGACUUGAAUUUCUCAUUUGCAGAUUCUAUCGACUCAGGAGAAUCUCCUGUUAAACCAUCUGCUCCUAAAAAGGCCGAACCAGCACGAAAGCCAUCAAAUGCAAAACCUAAAGACGAAGAAUCGAGUGAUGUCAUGGACUUUGAUGGUGACGCGGUUCCUGUUGAAGAAUCAAUUAAAGAACCUGUUGCUGCACCUCCUCCAAAGAAAGAAGCUCCACCAAAGAAAGUUGAAAAGGACAGUAUGUUUGCAGACUUAGAUUUCGAUUCAAACUCAACAAAGCCAUCUCCUCCACCGAAAUCUGCUGCAGCAAAGCCGGCAGCGAACCAAACAAAGGCAAAACCAGCAGCUACAAUAGAUGAAACUUCAUCAAUGAACUUCGAUUUUGAUGAUUUCGAUGAUAUUGAUGAAAAACCUACAAAAGCAACUGCUAAGAAGCCUGAACCAGCACCUGCCCCUGCUCCUAAACCAGCUUCAAAGCCUGCUGCUCCAGCAGCUAAGCCACCGCCAAAGGAAGAAUCUGAUUCAGAUAUCGAUGUCGAUUUCAGUGACCAAGAUUUUGACCUUUAA